GGCGCGCGCCUGCGUGACGUCACUGGUGUGAAGAAGAUGGCUGCGCUCGUGAAGGCGGAAGUGUUGCAGUUUCGUCCUCCCUGGAUCAUGUGACUGCCUCCUGCAGACCGGAGGAGUGAACUACACCAUGAACAACAAGGACACAACGACUGAGUCCGAGAGCAGCGGUCAGAUGAAAGUGUUUUUACCCAGUAAGCUUCUGGAGAGUCUGCCUCGCUCCAGCACUUUCCCCAAAGAGAGACUGCGCUGGAACACCAACGAGGAAAUUGCAUCCUUCCUGAUUUCGUUCGACAGACAUGACGAGUGGCUUUCUUGCACGCUCAAGACCAGGCCACAGAACGGUUCAGUCAUCCUUUACAAUCGCAAGAAGGUCAAAUACCGGAAAGAUGGAUAUUGCUGGAAGAAGAGGAAGGACGGAAAGACGACCAGAGAGGAUCACAUGAAGCUGAAGGUUCAGGGCAUGGAGUGUCUUUACGGUUGUUAUGUUCAUUCCUCCAUCGUCCCAACAUUCCACAGAAGAUGCUAUUGGCUGCUGCAGAACCCAGACAUCGUUCUAGUGCACUAUCUGAACGUGCCGUCGCUGGAGGACAGUGGGAAGUCCUGUGGACCGGUCUCAUGUGCUCUGACCGACCGCAGGGACAGUCUGCGCUGGAGCCGAGACGAACUGCUGUCUCAACUCAAACCCAUGUUCCACAGCUUGAAAUGGUCUUGUGGAGGCAACGGUUCUGUGGAGCUCUCAGUGGAGCAGAUGGUGCAACAGAUCUUAGAAACACAACAGACCAAACCACAACCACGAACACACACCUGCCUCUGCGCAUCUCCCGGAUCCAACAUUCCUCACCGCUGCAACAGCACCAGACACCGCAUCAUCUCGCCCAAACUGCCCCCCCCUCACCCCGCCCUCAGCGAGCGGCAGAAUGUGUCCAGUGAGGGCUCCGGAGCGGAGGUGGAUCCCGGCGAUGCUUCAGUCGCUGUCAGACCUUCAGAGAGGAAGCAGCUGCCAGAAGAUGGUGGGCGGGUCGAGGACACGGGGGGCGUGGCUUCACCGUGCUCCGCCUCUUCUUCGUCCUCUUCGAGUCCGCCCCAAACACAGCGGGCGGCGACAGUUGCUCUUAGCAACGGUUUCUACGGUGACCAGCGGGGUGGAUUGGCAGCGGUGGCACUCCCGCAGAAUGCGCUCAUCGUCAUGACGACGGCAGCACCGGUGGGGCGUGGCUGUGGGGAGGAGCCAAACACUGAGUUAGGCUCCACCCACCUGUCGCUCACCCGUGCCGGCGGGCGACUCGUUCUAUCUCCUGUGCUACCCAAACAAGACACGCCCUCCCCGUCAAGCUCCGCCUCACCACCGAGCCCCGCCCCACCCAAUCAGGGCGUGGCUACACUGUCACUCACUCUCCUGCCCAGCCCUGUGAUUGGAGGACUGCUGUUGACCUCUCGGAACACCCCCGGGAUGCUCCUGCACCCAACAUCGCCCGCGCUGCUCCCCUUCGACCCCGAUUCCUUUCUCAACAGCCCCAAACAGGGGCAGACCUACGGAGGCCCCGCCCUCACACCCCACUCCAACUCCGCCUCCUCUUCCCCGUCUCCACCUCAUUCAACAUCUCCUCGGUCUCUCGCUCUGUCUCUUUCUCCCACGUCUCCGCCCUCGUCUCUAUCAUCCCUCUCUUCUGAGACGGAAAGGAAGAGUAUUCUGGGUCUUCCCUCGUCCAGUCCUGUCUCCCUGUCUCUUUCUCUCUCUCCGACGCAAACGAUUCCCGCGCUGCUGCCGUUGUGUCUGGACUCGUCAUUAGAACUCGAUUCGUUCAGUCCGCCCUCCGACAACAGAGCUCCUCCCACCCAAUUCAACGCUCAAGCCCCGCCCGGUCAUCUCCUGCCCAAUCAGCUCUCUCCGGCUGACAACAGGACGAACCAGGUAACUCCCUCCAUCGAAGUGUUGCCGACCAAUCAGCUGUCUCCAGACGGAGAAAAGGCGGAGUCACAGCACACUUGUCUUCUAGAAACACACCCUAUGUGCAUUCAACCACUGAAUCUGACUCCGCCCCCGGCCACGCCCCCAUGCGUGAGUCCUAUACAAGUGAAGGAGGAGCAGUCUCCGCCCACUCAUGCACAUUUUGAAUCAGACGUCACGCCUAUGGACACCACCCACAAUGCCCAUAUAGAUGGUGAGGAGGCGGGGUUAACAUUUGACUCCUCCUUCCCUGACCUCAUAUCUGAGCUGAUCUCAGAGGAGCCCGUCAGCCACCCGGCCACCCUGUCUCCGCCCGUUUACCCCGUCAGAUACAUGGUUCCUCCUCAGCCGACCCCGUCCACCUCGUUCCUGCCCUUCCCGCUCCUGACUAACGCACACUCGCUUGCGUCCGGCGGCUCUCCGGAAGAAACCCCGCGGCUGGCCAACAUCACGGACUUCUCACCCGAGUGGUCGUACCCGGAGGGCGGAGUGAAGGUGUUGAUCACAGGCCCGUGGUCAGAGACAGACGGACGAUACUCCUGUGUGUUUGACCAGAGCAGAGUUACAGCUUCUCUCAUCCAGCCAGGAGUCCUGCGCUGCUACUGUCCUGCUCAUGAAGCUGGACUCGUCGCUCUGCACGUGUUGAAGGACUCCAGCGCCGUCUCCUCCUCAGUGUUGUUCGAGUAUCGCGCUCGCAACGCCUCGUCCUUACCGAGCUCACAGCUGGACUGGUUAUCACUGGAUGAUAACCAGUUCCGGAUGUCGAUUCUGGAGCGUUUGGAGCAGAUGGAGAGGAGAAUGGCAGAGAUGUCCAACAGCGGUCAGCAGAACCAACACAUGAUUCACUAUCAUCAGCAGCUGUGGAGGAACCAGAGCCCUGCUCCGCGCUUGACUCCUGAAAACCAGUCGGGGCUGUGGUUCGAGCGCAGGAUCGUGGCUGUGUGUGAGCGGAUGAUGGCCGGCGGUCGCUGGGAUCGAGACGCUGAGAGAGACACACUCACACACUCCGUCAGACACCGAGGGAUGACACUGCUGCACCUCGCCGCCGCGCAGGGAUACACACAGCUCUUACACACACUCAUACACUGGAGGAGUAUCAGUGUGAAUAGUCUGGAUCUGGAACAGGAAGUGGAUCCUCUGAACGUUGAUCAUUUCUCCUGCACACCUCUGAUGUGGGCGUGUGCUCUGGGUCAUCAGGCCGCGGCGGUGUUGUUGUACCGCUGGAGCAGUGCGGCUCUGGGGAUCCCGGACUCUCUGGGUCGUCUUCCUCUGGCCGUGGCACGUUCACGAGGACACACACGUCUAGCGCGCUGUCUGGAGGAGCUACACACACACUCUCAGACGCAGGAACACACACUGGACACACCCUCGCCUCCGUCUCCACUGUCCAGCAGCCCUGACACGGGUUUGAGCUCGUCCAGCAGUGUCCCCUCCCCCAGUGACCCGCCCUCUCCCUCCCCAAGCUCCGCCUACUCCAGUGGCUCUGUUCCUGACCCCAUGGACUCCGCCUCUUCCCCCUCCUCCCCGUUCUCAGCCCCGCCCCCGGCCGGUUCCAUUGACUCUCUGUUCCUGAUGGACUGUGAGGCCUCGAGUCCCUCCCUGCCGGCCGUGUCGCUUCACUCGGAGCUCGCCGACGAGCUGCUCAGCUACAGCGAGAACGUCGAGAACGAGGACUUCCUGUCUGACGAGGUCCUUCAGGUUGACAUGGCAACAUUGGCCGAGCAGAUCAUCGAGGCCACGCCUGAGCGAAUCAAACAGGAGGAGUUUAACCGGGAGGCGGAGUCACCGCUGCGAGAGAGGCGGGACAAUCCUGCCAUUCACGACACCAUGCCGUGGCUCGCCACUUACCUAGACAACAUCGACAGGAGUCGGUGUCUCACCCCUCCCUCGCUCCUCAGUGAUCUGGCGCUGCAGAGGCUCCGCCCCCCAAGCAGUGUGGCGUGGGCGGAGUUUCUGAACGCCUCAGCCAAUGGAAGGAUGGAGAGAGACUUCGCUCUGCUGACGCUGACGGACACGGAGCAGAGAGAGCUGUAUGAAGCUGCACGUGUCAUCCAGAACGCCUUCCGCAGAUACAAGGGGCGGAGGCUAAAGGAGCAGCAGGACAUGGCUGCAGCCGUAAUACAGCGCUGUUACCGCAAAUACAAACAGCUAACAUGGAUAGCACUGAAGUACGCUCUCUAUAAGAAGAUGACGCAGGCGGCGAUACUGAUCCAGAGUAAGUUCCGCAGUUAUUACGAGCAGAAGAAGUUCCAGCAGUCUCGGCGAGCGGCCGUCCUCAUCCAGCAGUAUUACCGCAGCUAUAAAGAGUACGAGCGCGUCAAGCAGGGCCCGCGCGGCCCCGGGGCCCUCAGCACCAAGCUCAAAGGCUCGUUCCUGACCAAGAAACAGGAUCAGGCCGCGCGGAAGAUCAUGCGCUUCCUCAGACGCUGCAGACACAGGAUUAAGGAGCUGAAGCAGAGUAAAGAGCUGGAGCACAAAGGACUGACCACCUGACCACUUACACACACACACACACACAGGUUUCUCUUUGGCUUCUUCUUUCCCGUCGUCGCUGAAACACUACUUUGAUGUUCAGUUUUCCUGAAUGUUGGGAAUGUUUUUGUGUAUUAAUGGAUCUCUAUAUCAAUGUAAACAGCAUCUACUCUCACAUAUACUGUAUGAUCAGACACACACAGCUGAUCGUGUUAAUAUGAACUUAUUUAUUGAUCUCACGGAGAUAUAUUUUAUAAAUGACAGAACGAGCGAACGAAGGUCGUGGCCGUAUCCAAAGUCUUAAAUUGUGGUUGAAUGGAAACACAUGGCAGAACACGAUUGUGAAUCUAAUAUUAUUACCGUUUAUCUUCAUUAAAUAUAAUGACUAUAACCUCAGUCCAGCAUAUAAAUCAAAUGUUGAGCUCUUUCAGCAGCAUCUGUCAUAUAAAAUCAUUUUGAUUCGUUGUUUGUAAAGACAAGUCAAAAGUUUCAGAGAAACAAACAUGUUAUCAAACCUGAACAAACCUGAACAACAAAUACCAAACAUGUCUUACAUCCUGAGAUAAUUCAUUUAGGAUUUUUACCAUCUCUAAAACCUUUUUUCUGUUGUCUUUUAUUUUUCUCUGCUAAAAAAAAAAACUUUUUUCUCUCUUCAAAAAAAUUCUCGUAAUUUUUUAUAUUUUAUUUUUAAUCCCUUAUUGUUUUCCUCUCUUUCACAAAAGCAGUUCUCUCUCUAAAUAAUGUUUCUCUACAGAAGACGAUUAGGGCCAAACAAUAAUAAAAAAUUAAAUCAUCAACAUUAAAGUCAAUAUAAUGAGAGAUUAAUUACAUUUCAGGAAAAAAUUCAAAAUAAAAUGUUGAGAAUAAAAUCAUAAAAUUUUGAGAAAAUUGCGUUUCAUGAAAAUAACGUGUGAAAUUUUGCGUAAAAAAAACUCAUUCUUACUUAAAAAAAAACAAAAAAAAAACUUACUGUUCAUUUUUUUCCCAUCACAUAUCCAUAUAAAAGUGGAAAUCAAUUGCCUAACGAGUUUUUAAUAAUGACGUAUUAAUUGGCUAGGUUUAGGGUUAGGUACUAGUAAGGCAGCUUCUAUUUAGUAAUUUUAAUCAAAUAAAUUUACACUUUAUAUUAUUACUGCAUCCUGUUAAUAUACAACAGUACUGAGGUGCAAAUAGUAUUGCCAUUGUAAAUAUAGAUAUAAAUAGCAUCUAAUUACUAUUUAGACUUAAAGAUCUUCUUUUCCACAGCAUAAAAGAAAAGCUAUUUUCACUUCGUGUAAAAGCACAUCGCAAAAAAUAUUACGUGUAAAUAGCAUCUAUGACUAUUUGCGCUUAUUUUUGACUAAUUUCACUUAAUUUCUUUGACUUUUUUUUACUCGAAGUUUGAGUUUUUCUCACAAUUAAUUUUUUUCUUGAAACAGACUUUUAUCUUGUAAUUUGAUGAAUUCUCAACAUUUUAUUUAGACAUUUUUUCAUGAAAUUUAACGAGUUUAAUCUCGCGUCAUAAUAACUUUAAUCUCUAGAUGUUUUAAUAUUUUUAUUGUUGCUUGGACAUAAUCCUCUUCCAUAGAUCCAAGGCUCAGAAGCUAGUUUCUGCCACAGAAUAAAGAUAUAAAUGUUUUAUUUCACAAUCAGUUUAUAGGAUUUUCUUGAGUCUGUUUGAUGGAUAUUAUUGAAUGUGCCUUGAGGUGUUUCUAACUAAAUUACUGUCAGUUCUGUCCGAUUCAGACCUGUAUGCAUUAGUCUGUAAAUACUGUACAAUAUAAAGAGCUGGUGCGAAUAUAUUUAAGAAUGCUUGAUGAAAUGUGUAAUUUAUUCUCUGUACGGAUUGCUGAUAUGCACGCUUAUAUUUACAUGAGAUUCUUCAGCAUGUCUUUGCUUGCUGGUGUUUAUCGUUUGCAUGAACUUCUGUUUUUGUUCAUAUUUCCACUGACUUUAGUACCGCUGAUGUGACUUUAUUUAUGAAUAUAGAUUUAUGGACAUGUUUGAAUUGAUUUCUACUGUAUAAAUUCAUUCUUUCGGGGCUGUUUCAUAACAUUUCAUUAAAAUUCUUCAAACUCAA